CCUCCCCACAGUGCAUUCCCGGACUCCACUUUACCAGGUGAUGACAGACUCACGCUCAAGAGUGAAAAUGACAUGUUUUUAACACGCCUGAAGUCGGAAUUAACGUAGAAUGGAGCGUCGUCUCGGUCACUACGUUUUUAUCUUUUUCUCUAAGUGGAUUUGGCUCUUCACCCUAACUUCCAUCCUGGGCGGAACAAAAGGGGAGAUAAGGUGCAUUCCCUCGUGCCAGCUACCGCUAAUUACAGAAUUUCCCCGGGACCUCUCGGAGCUGGAUUUCACUAACUUUGGCGAGGCAUCAGCGGAAGAAUUAGUGGGAUUUACGGAGGGAUCACCGGGCGCCAAACCCAACGCCGGCGGGGAGGAAAAGCACACGGUUGCGGAAUCAACCGCAAGCGAAGAAAGUUCGUCGAAAGUGCAGCCUCGCUCCGGGGGAAAUAAAUCAAGCUGUCCCCAGAAGGACGCUUUGAACGAUAAGCAAAAACUUUCCCACCCGAAAGAGUUCACUGGAAGUGCUUCACCCGCGGCUGCCCCUUCCCCCUGUAAUGGUAACGUAACCGAAAAUAGCACCGGAGAUGGAAAACAUAACGAGGAAAACGAUGGGGAGCAUGUUGAUGUGACAGUUAACGAGGAUAACGAUGUGGCCAGUUGGAGACGAACCCGGAGUGCGAGGAGCGCGGAGGCUUGGUCCGGGUUCAGAGCCGAGGACGGGGAGGACGUCUCGUUCUCGGACCUGGAGGAGUUGGAGCUCACAAGUUCGACAUUUGCUCUCGCCGGGGACACGGCUCAUAACCAGGCCAUGGUGCACUGGUCCGGACAAAACAGCAGCGUGAUCCUCAUGUUGACAAAGUACUACGACUUCAACUCUGGCAGAGUAACGGAGAGUUCAUUAUGGAGGUCAACGGACUAUGGGUCGACAUAUGAGAAGCUUAAUGAGAAAGUUGGGCUAAAAACCAUCCUGAGCUACUUGUAUGUGAGUCCGAACAAUAAAAGAAAGAUCAUGUUACUUACCGACCCGGAGGUGGAGAGCAGCCUGCUCAUUAGCCUUGACGAGGGGGCGACCUAUCAGAAACACAGCUUAGCCUUUGAUAUCCUCAGCCUGCUGUUUCACCCCGAGCAGGAGGACUGGAUCCUGGCUUACAGCCACGACCAAAAGCUCUACGUCUCUGUUGAAUUUGGGAGGAGAUGGCAGCUCGUGCAUGACAGCGUCGUCCCCAACAGAUUCUACUGGUCCAGGCUGGGCUUAGACAAAGAGCAAGGGAUGAUUCACCUGGAGAUCACCAUCUCUGACGGAAGGUCACAGUACAUAACUUGUAAACUUCAGAAUUGCUCUGAUGGAAACAAGGGCAAGCCUUUCCCUGGAUUUAUCAUCCCUAAUUCCCUGGUGGUUCAGGAUGAAUACGUUUUCAUCCAGGUGCCAGUAGGUGGUCAGUCUGUCCAUUAUGUGUCCUAUAAAAGAAAUGCUUUCUACCCAAUGAAGCUUCCCAAGUAUACUCUGCCAAAGUGUCAACAUUUCCUCGAGAUGGACACACAUCCCCUACCUCACCUCACUCUGGAAAAGGACCUGCAGAUAAUCAGCACAGAUGACAACCAGGUGGUGGCAGCGAUUCAGGACUGGCACCAGAACGACUCCUACAACCUGUACAUGUCUGAGUCCAGAGGGCUGUUCUUCACCCUGAUGCUGGAGAACGUUGUGAGCAGUGGAGGACCGGAGGGCAACAUCAUGAUAGACCUGUAUGAGGUUGCCGGGAUUAAAGGGGUGUUCCUGUCAAAUAAAGUUGUAGAGAACCAAGUGAAAACUUAUAUCACAUACAACAAAGGCAGAGACUGGAGGCUUCUUCAGGCUCCAACCACCGAUCUCCAGGGAAACAAGGUCUAUUGUGAACAACCUUAUUGUUCGCUACAUCUCCACCUCCACGUGUCAGAGAAUCCCUACACCUCGGGAAACAUCGUCAGCAAAGAUUCAGCUCCGGGAAUAAUCAUAGCGUCAGGUGUUGUCGGACCAGAGCUGACCAGUAAUAAUGUCAGUAUUUUCAUCACAUCGGAUGCUGGAAACAGCUGGAGAGAGGUUUUUCAGGAAGAAUACAGCUUGUUUUUCCUGAAUCAAGGGGGAUCUCUUGUGGCCAUCCGGCACACACCGCUGCCAAUUAGACACAUUUGGCUGAGUUUUGAUGAGGGCAGAAGCUGGGACAAAUAUAGCUUCACCUCCUCUCCGCUGUAUGUUGACGGGGUGCUGGGGGAGCCUGGGGAGGACACCCUCAUAAUGACAAUCUUUGGUCAUUUUAGCCAUCGAUCUGAGUGGCAACUUGUCAAAAUUGACUUCCAGUCCAUUUUCAAACACCGCUGCACAUCUGAAGAUUACAUGACAUGGCAGUUACACAAUGAGGGCGAAGUGUGCAUCAUGGGAAUGAAGAGAAUCUUCCAAAAACUGAAAGCAAACGUUCGAUGUGUCAACACCAGAAAUCAGUAUAUUUCCCAGAUGUCAGACUCCUGCCCGUGCACAGAGGCAGAUUUUGAGUGCGACUACGGGUUUGAGAGGCAGAUUGACGGGCGCUGCACUCCGGCGUUCUGGUUUGUUCCUUCAGCAACAUCUAGAGACUGCAUCAGGGGGGAGAGCUUCCUCAACACCACAGGAUACCGCCGGGGUUUGUCUAACAACUGCACAGAGGGGACGCUGUUGAAGUACAGCCCCAGGCGACAGAAGUGUCCCAGCCAUGCCCCCCGGGGCCUCCAGCUCUUCACCAGCGAGGGAACACUGGUAGCAGCGCUGGAGAGGAAUGUCACUUUCUUGGUCUUUCUGGAAGAGGGUCUCGGCUCCAUGACAAGUAUAACGGUGGACUUUGGCGACGGGACGGCUAUAUCAUAUGUUAACAUCAGCUCCAUCGAUGACGGGGUCAAACACAUCUACAGCAGAGUUGGCAUCUACCACAUUUCUGCUACAGCAAGCAACUCUCUGGGCUUUGACAGGGUCCUACUCUUCCUCCAUGUCACCUGUCAACUCGAACAGAUUCAGCUCUUGGCUCCUUCAGUGGUCGUCAAGAACAAAGCGAUAAACCUCACGACGGUGUUACGGCCCAGCAAUGUGGGAACAGUCAGCUAUUACUGGUGGUUUAAUAACAAAACAGAGCCUGUUGUGACUCUGGAUGGAACGAUGUCCUUCACUUUCUCCAAGGAGGGAAGCCACACUGUCACCGUUCAGGCUUCAGUCGGCAAUACUGUUCGACAGGACCAAAUGACUGUGGCCGUUUAUGAUUAUUUCCGGUCCCACAUUUUGGGCUUUUCUUCUCAUUUGGACGAGCUGAACCCCGGGGUGUCAGAGUGGAGAGAGGACAUCAGCCGAGUGGUGAAGAACUCCAUGGUCCAGGUCACGGGAAUCAACAAGGGACAGCUCCUGGUCACAGUGCUCCCUGGUUUACCAACAACAGCAGAGAUUUUCAUCCUGCCUGAGAAGAGGCCAAGAGUCGGAGGCAUGGAUGAAAAGUGGGCUCACCUGGAUCAGCUUUCUCAGGUUCUGCUAAGUGCUCUGAACCAAGACCUCAUCCAGUUCACACUCAAGCCGGGGGUGCAGGUGAACGUGUACGCCACACAGCUGUCUCCAGCUCCUCUUGUGGACAGCAGUGAUAGCGGCCAUAGCAGCACUGCAGUCAUCAUGCUGGUGUCAGUCGUUCUGAUGGGCCUGGCUGUCUUUCUUAUAUAUAAAUUUAAAAGGAAGAUCCCGGGCAUCAUCACUUACACAGCGGAGCAGCCUGACAAAGAACAAGAGGUCAUCCCCACGGUAACCUCCAUCGCCAUCCCAAACCCUGAGGGGGACCAGCUGACCUCCCUGGAUCGGGUGGAUGUACAGCUGGAUUCAAAAGGCAGAGGCUACCUGCCAUCUCACACAGACAUCAAGCUCUCUGAUGAAGCGCCCCAUGUGUUUUAAUGUUGAGAGUCUAUGACCAACUCGAAAGCAAUACAUCUUCCUUGGCAGUUACUUCCAGCAAGCUAUGAAACCACGGUCACAAUGAAUGGUCUCGAGUGUUUUGCUACCCAUGCAUGGAUGGACCAGUUCACACUGUGCUGCCUAAUCCCUCCGAGGAAACUGUACAGAUUUAUACUUGCUUCUUGAAAAGGGACACUUUUUGACUGAAAAUACUUGUAUUUUUGCAAGGACAUUGAUCUUUUUAUGUAAAUAAUGUACAUCCAUAAUGGAAAUAGUAAAAACUAUUUGUCUCAGCUGGUUACAGCUGCAUCUGCUCAAAUAUGAAAAUAUAAAACGGCGGGACAGAAUUGAUGUAUAAUAAUAUGUGAAAAAAAUUAUCCUAUUUCUGUUCUCUGGGCUUGUGUUUGUGAAGUUUACUUUGUUUGACUAUGUGGAAACAGCUUAUCUGAGUAAGACAGUGAGGGAAGCAGAUUCAUUAAGCUCUGUACAAUCAGUACAUCUUAUCACCAGAUUCUCAUCAAAUGAAAGCUUGCAAUAUCCAGGAGAUGGAGGGCUCCAAGUCCCAGAUCUGUGUAUUCCAUCAAGCCUGUCUCUUUGCAGCUCAACAUGUUUUAUAUGUCAUAACAAAAAUAAGAACAGAAGAUUAAAGUGGAUAAACUAGAUAGGUAUAUACAGUAGGUGGGGAACUAAGCAAUGCCUCUUGUUUAGGAGACUCGCAUCAGUCAUUUUAGUGACACUGGAAUGAAUGCUAACAUGAUACUGUAAAUGUGGAACCUACUUAAAACCUGAUUAUACACAGAUCUGUCUAAGUCAUGCUCAUGGUUAUUGUUGCAGCUGCAUCCUAUGCGUGAUUGUUUUACUGUCAAUUUGGCUGUAAAUCAGUGCGAUGACUUUUAAACUUGUGAUUCCUACUUAUUCGUUGCCCAGAGCUUUUCUUGUACAUUCUGGUUUCCAUAGAAAACUAAAUGUAAAUGUUCUGAAUAAUUCCCAUGUUAACAAAGAAGCUAAAGUACAGCAGACAACACAUGCUGCAAUGCAGUAAGGAAGAGGCUAAAUCUGAAUUUUCUUUAGUAAUUAGUCAAUGAUGUAUUAGCUAUUUGUUUGUGUUUGGUUUGAGUUAAAAAAAAACAUUUUCUCCUUGACACAGUUACAAAAUGAUUCCCAUGUUUGUGUUGUUCCUUUGAACUGAUCCCAGUGUGAAGGUUGUGGUGCCUUCUCACAUACAACUCUAAAACAACACCGGUUCAAUGGAGAAAUAUCCUCUCAUCUUUACACCUUUUUAUUUAUUCUGGACUGUUUAUCUACCACACUGAUACCAGCAUCCCCACUUGGCAUCUCCUCGGUUAACAGGAACGCAGAGGAGCCUGCAGUCUGUUCUAGGUUUACCCCGAAGGACUCAGCGGACAAAAGGCUGCAGAUUCGUUCCUUUUCUUUGCUGCGAGGGAUACAGAGGUAGAGAAGACGUAUCUCCUGUCAACAAGGCUCAGCCUACGCACAGAGCUUUGGUCAGCCGCUGUCUCUUUGGGAUAAGUACUGAAGUUCUUCUUCAUCAAACUUUUAUUUUCAAGUGUUGUCAGCAUCAUAUGUCAGUAAGACAAAUUGACUAGAGGCUUCCCAUACUUCUUCCCUCCCAUCCUGCGAUUGAGCCUGAAGCGUAAAUAAACUCGUCAUCGGGCGAACGCUGUCUCUCCACACCAUCAGUUUUUCAUAUUUAUUUAACAAACCUUUUGUACAUUCCCAAUCAAACUGUGAAUACGAUUGUAAACAGAAUUGCAUGAUUUUUUUUUUGUUUUCCUCCAAGAUAUUUCAAAUGUGUUUUAAUUAGGCAGAAAACUGACUUGUUAGGAAUGUGAACUGCAGUGUGUUUUCCGUUUCUCAAAGGCUAGACAACUCAUUCAUUACAAGUGACUUGAUUAUCCAGUGGGUUGUUACUGUGUUUUUCAUUUGAUCGCGCUGAAGUAACCAUUGUUGCGGAAUAAAGCAGAAACAGCAUUAAUGCGGCGUGGCUGUCUAGUAAACUCAUUUCUAAAAGCAAUAACUGCUUUAUGUUUUUCUGUAGUCGUCAAUGUAUAGAUCCAUGUAGCUCACUGCAGGAGUUAGUUCUGUUUGACCUUUGAUUUAAUCAAUCAAGACUUCAUGAAGUGCGACACUACAGUAUGACUCAUGUUGGUAAUUUUGAUCGCCAGGCACACUUUCUUUGUUUCUUUUCUGUCUUUUUCCUCUAACAAGUGAUGCUUAGCAUGCCCGAAGUUUCAGUGCAGUCAUUUGCAUUACACAAUGGGUCCGAGCGGCAGGACAAUGAAAAGCACCAAGUAGCCUGGAGAGAUUCUAAUGGGCUGCUUCCUUGGCUCUCCCACCGUGCAACAAAUUAAUUAUCCCUUCUC